AGGGUGGGGAGAGAUGGAUAGCAAGCAAGGGAGGGAGAGAGGGAGUGGGAGGAGGAGGAGGAGGAGGAGAGGGAGCCCAACGACCAUUUAAAGCGAUAGCAAUCCCUGCCCUCUCCCCAGUGCUUGGCUGUUGGAGAGCGCGAGCCGCAAGCCAGGGAGCGGGGAGCGCAAGCUGGUGCGCGGGCUAGUGGAGCCACAGCGCCAGGUGCCAUAGGCUGGCUGACGCCCUGGGACCACCCCUACCCUCUCCCGCUGCACCUCCUCAGGCUCCUCCACCCUCUGUGCCUACAGAAGUCCCCCGGGCUUCCCCAAAAGGAGCUCACCACGAGAAGCCCGGAAUUGGGAUUGCCCAUCAGCAUCCGCUCCAGCGCCGCCGCCGCCGCCGCAGCAGCAUCCGGAGCGGCAUGGUCCAGCUGGAGAAGCUGCUCCGCGUCCUGACUUUGAUGAAGUUCCCCUGCUGCGUGCUGGAGGUGCUCCUGUGCGUGCUGGCGGCGACGGCGCGCGGCCAGGAGAUGUACGCCCCGCACUCGAUCCGGAUAGAGGGGGACGUCACCCUUGGGGGGCUGUUCCCAGUGCACGCCAAGGGUCCCAGCGGAGUGCCCUGCGGCGACAUCAAGAGGGAGAAUGGGAUCCACAGGCUGGAAGCUAUGCUUUACGCCCUGGACCAGAUCAACAGCGAUCCCAACCUGCUGCCCAACGUAACGUUAGGCGCGCGGAUCCUGGACACUUGUUCCAGGGACACUUAUGCGCUCGAACAGUCUCUCACUUUCGUCCAGGCGCUCAUCCAGAAGGACACCUCCGACGUGCGUUGUACAAACGGCGAGCCCCCGGUUUUCGUCAAGCCUGAGAAAGUAGUUGGAGUGAUUGGGGCUUCGGGGAGCUCCGUCUCCAUCAUGGUAGCCAACAUCUUGAGGCUUUUCCAGAUCCCUCAGAUUAGUUAUGCAUCCACAGCUCCUGAGCUCAGUGAUGACCGGCGCUAUGACUUCUUCUCUCGCGUGGUCCCACCUGAUUCCUUCCAAGCCCAGGCUAUGGUAGACAUUGUAAAGGCCUUGGGCUGGAAUUAUGUGUCUACUCUCGCAUCCGAAGGAAGCUAUGGAGAGAAAGGUGUGGAGUCCUUCACACAGAUUUCCAAAGAGGCAGGUGGGCUCUGCAUUGCCCAGUCCGUGAGAAUCCCCCAAGAGCGCAAAGACAGGACCAUUGACUUUGAUAGAAUUAUCAAACAGCUCUUGGACACCCCCAACUCCAGGGCCGUCGUGAUUUUUGCCAACGAUGAGGAUAUAAAGCAGAUCCUUGCAGCGGCCAAAAGAGCUGACCAAGUAGGCCAUUUUCUCUGGGUCGGGUCAGACAGCUGGGGAUCCAAAAUCAACCCACUGCAUCAGCAUGAAGAUAUUGCAGAAGGAGCCAUCACCAUCCAGCCUAAGAGGGCAACCGUGGAAGGGUUUGAUGCUUACUUCACAUCCCGGACACUUGAAAACAACAGGAGAAAUGUAUGGUUUGCUGAAUACUGGGAAGAGAACUUCAACUGCAAGUUGACAAUUAGUGGCUCUAAAAAAGAAGACACAGAUCGCAAAUGCACAGGACAGGAGCGAAUUGGAAAAGACUCCAAUUAUGAGCAGGAGGGUAAAGUACAGUUUGUGAUCGAUGCUGUCUACGCUAUGGCACAUGCCCUUCAUCAUAUGAAUAAGGAUCUGUGUGCUGACUACAGGGGAGUGUGUCCCGAGAUGGAACAAGCAGGGGGCAAGAAGUUGUUAAAGUAUAUCCGCAACGUUAACUUCAAUGGUAGUGCUGGCACCCCAGUGAUGUUUAACAAAAAUGGGGAUGCCCCUGGGAGGUAUGACAUCUUCCAGUACCAGACAACAAACACCACCAACCCCGGUUACCGUCUCAUCGGACAGUGGACAGAUGAACUUCAGCUCAAUAUAGAGGACAUGCAGUGGGGCAAAGGCGUCCGGGAGAUCCCGUCCUCCGUGUGCACAUUGCCCUGCAAGCCUGGACAGAGGAAGAAGACACAGAAGGGGACACCUUGUUGCUGGACCUGUGAGCCUUGUGAUGGAUACCAGUAUCAGUUUGAUGAGAUGACAUGUCAGCAUUGUCCCUACGACCAGAGGCCCAAUGAGAACCGAACUGGCUGCCAGAACAUCCCCAUCAUCAAACUGGAGUGGCACUCCCCCUGGGCUGUCAUUCCUGUCUUCCUGGCAAUGUUGGGGAUCAUUGCCACCAUCUUUGUCAUGGCCACUUUCAUCCGCUACAAUGACACACCCAUCGUCAGGGCAUCUGGGCGGGAACUCAGCUAUGUUUUGUUGACAGGCAUAUUUCUCUGCUACAUCAUCACCUUCCUAAUGAUUGCCAAGCCAGACGUGGCAGUGUGUUCAUUCCGACGUGUCUUCUUGGGCUUGGGAAUGUGCAUUAGUUAUGCAGCCCUUCUAACAAAAACUAAUCGGAUUUAUCGCAUAUUCGAGCAGGGCAAGAAAUCGGUGACAGCUCCCAGACUCAUAAGCCCGACAUCACAACUAGCAAUCACCUCCAGUUUAAUAUCGGUGCAGCUUCUAGGUGUCUUCAUUUGGUUCGGGGUUGACCCACCCAACAUCAUCAUAGACUAUGAUGAGCAUAAGACAAUGAACCCAGAACAAGCCAGGGGAGUUCUCAAAUGUGACAUCACAGACCUUCAAAUCAUUUGCUCUCUGGGAUAUAGCAUUCUUCUCAUGGUCACAUGUACUGUGUAUGCCAUCAAGACUCGGGGUGUGCCUGAGAAUUUUAAUGAAGCCAAGCCCAUUGGAUUCACUAUGUAUACAACGUGUAUCGUAUGGCUUGCCUUCAUCCCGAUAUUUUUUGGUACUGCGCAGUCAGCAGAAAAGCUCUACAUACAAACCACCACGCUUACAAUCUCCAUGAACCUAAGUGCGUCAGUGGCGCUGGGAAUGCUAUACAUGCCGAAAGUGUACAUCAUCAUUUUCCACCCUGAACUCAAUGUCCAGAAACGGAAGCGAAGCUUCAAGGCCGUAGUCACAGCAGCUACCAUGUCAUCAAGGCUGUCACACAAACCCAGUGACAGGCCCAACGGUGAGGCAAAGACAGAACUCUGUGAAAAUGUAGACCCAAACAGCCCUGCUGCAAAAAAGAAGUAUGUCAGUUAUAAUAACCUGGUUAUCUAACCUGUUCCAUCCCAUGGAACCACGGAGGAGGAAGACCCUCAGUUAUUUUGGCACCCAACCUGGCAUAGGACAAUUUUGGUCCUGCCUGCUUCCUAUCUCUGGAGGAGCUUCUCCAGCUGGGAGACCAACGUUAGAGGAUCCACACAUCCUACCUAAACAGCUGCUUUCUGAGACACCUUUACUUUAUCUUGGCUUAACAAGUCAUUGGCAUCAGCACUGCCAUCUUGGCUGCAAUUCUGGACUCCCUAAGCAAAGGGAGAGUUGAGACUCAAGUCCCACCUGGCUCUUUUGGAUGAACUGCUGAGAGCCUCCAGACUGAUUUUGGGGGCUGACUUGUCUUUCUACGUAUGUACUUCCAGGAUGCAAGGUUUUGAAAUUUUCUGUACAGUUUGUGAGGACAUUUGCACUUUGCCACUCAAUGUUGUACCUCGGUUCACUAUUUGUUUUUGAAUGCCCUGUUUUCAUAGAACCUUUUCCUCUCAGAUGGUGGAAUCUUUGGGAAAAAAAAAAACAACUAAUUAAAAAAAUCUCGGCAGACAUAAGAGAACACAAACCCCCAUGCACAUCUGUAAACGUCUGUGUGGUUAUGAUUAUAGUACCACGGAAAAUCAUGUUAUUUUUUUUAAACACACAUGCACACACAAAAGAUAUUUAAAGACCAAAAACUGUGCUGAGAAGAUAUACCCCACCUAUCUUUGGUACACGGUAGGUGAUGUGAUGUGAAAGAAAAGCAUUGGCUAAGUGGAAUAGAGGUCUUGAUCUUUGGAAUGCAUGCCAGUAAUGUAUUUUACAGUACAUGUUAAUAAUUUAUGUUUAAUAUUUGUAUUUGUGUUCCCCUUUAUUAUUUUACUUAGGGUAAAUGAAUAUUUUGCAAUAAUUUUAAUGAUUAUUAAGCUAUUUGAAGGAAAGAAUAUGGAUUUUUCAUGUCUUGAGGUUUUGUUCAUGCCCCCUAUGACUGACCAAUGUGAUAAGGACUUUAAAAAGAAGCAUGUAUGUUUUUUACUGUUUGUAAUAAGUACUUUCGUUAAUAUUGCUGCUUAUGUGUCACUUUAGUGGAAAAAAAAUCUCUUGCUGAAGAAAAAUUCCCUUUCCAUUCUCUUCCAGUUCUGUGGUAUUGUCCAAGAAUGUAUCAAUAAAAUACUUUGGUUAACUUUUUUAUUUUCUGUA